AUGUUUACCAUUCGCUCUAAAUCUCUCAUAAAAUCGUUCCUUCGCCAUUCUCACACUUACAUUGAUCAUUAUGAUCUAUCAACGACUGGAAUAUCAUUGAACGAAUUUCAGCAACGACGUCAAGCACUUGUAAAUCUUAUUCGUAAUUAUAUCAAAACACAGAAGGAAGAUAAAACUUCAACGAAUUUCACGAUUUGUCUACCAGCAUCGUCAAGAUUAUUCAUGGGUCCUGAUGUUGCUUAUUUUCCGUUCAAACAACAAUCCGACUUUUACUAUCUUACUGGCUGCAUGCAGCCUGAUGCGUUACUUUUACUCAACGGUAACGAUCAAACGUAUUCGACUAGUUUAUUCCUACCACCUUGCCCAAUGACAUUGAUUGACGAAUACGAGCGAUGGUUUGGACCAACGAUAAAGAAUAAGGAACAAAUUUGUGAAAUAUUCGGUAUUGACCAUGUUUAUCCAAUGAAUCAAUUAACAACAUGGAAAAUUCCUUCGUCAUCAGUUCUGUUUCAUAAUUCACAACUGAUUGACGAUGCGAGUAUCAAUAAAAAGAAUUUAGUGCCGUUCUUCAAACGAUUCUCUACAUCAACUGUUUGUAAUCAAUUAAACCAUUUCUUGCAUUCACUACGAUCAAUAAAAUCGACAACAGAGCAGGAUCUUCUUCGUCACGCGUGUCAAUUAACUUCGAGCGCUUUCAUUCAAACAAUCAAAAACUGCAAGAAAAGGAUUGACAAUGAAUACUUGAUUCAAGCCAGAUUUCAAUACGAAUGUGCACGAUUAGGGAGUACUUCUAUGGCAUUCUAUCCAGUUGUAGCUGCUAAGGGGAGAUCCAAUGUUCUUCACUAUCAAAAGAAUGAUCAGCCGAUUACUAAGGAUGAUUUAAUCAUGUUAGACGGCGGUUGUUUGUAUAAACAAUAUGCAGGUGAUAUAACACGUUUAUGGCCCAUGAACGGUCGAUUUACCUCUGCACAACAGCAACUCUAUGAAAUUUUGCUAACCGUUCAAAAAGACCUGAUUGGAUAUUUCAGCUCAGGAGAUAAAUCUAUAUCUAGAAGUAAAUUGAAUGCUGUCGCUGAUCAGUAUAUGAUCAAAUAUCUACGCGAAGAAUUCAUUCUCUCACGAUCCAUUGAUGAGAGAGAUGCAAAACGAAUUGUCAAUGAUCUGUGUCCAACAAGUGUUAGUCAUCAUCUUGGUUUAGAUGUUCACGAUUGUGAAGCAAUACCAUUCUCUGAACCAUUACAAUCAGGAAAUGUGAUUACCAUCGAGCCAGGUCUCUAUAUUCCGUGGGACUGCCAAGACGUCCCAUUGAUGUAUCGUGGUUUUGCCACUCGAAUCGAAGACGAUGUAUUAAUAACUGAUCAAGGUUACGAGGUGUUAACAAAGUCGUGUCCGAAGGAAGUCAAUGAUUUAUAUAAACUACUUGAUGAAAGAGAUCGAACGUCUAUCGAAUGA